AUGAGGGGUGCUGGUGAGAAACCAUUCGAGUCGGAUCUUCCACCGGGCGAAGGUAUGGUAACCCAAAUAAACGAAGCCCCCAAUGGUCGUGAACGAUUCGAAAUGGAACUAUACCACAGACUUCGGAUAUGGGAAAAUGGGACUCUCAGGUUGUCCGUUCGUGAGGUUAUCUCGCUAUGGCACUUCCUAAGUAUCCAACUAGCACCAUGGUCUGUGGGUGGCCUGGCAUUGCCUGCGGUUUAA